GAAAGACCAUUUUUAUGUCUGAAAGAAGAAAGUAAUAUACACCUAGGAUGAAUUGAGGGGUUGCCACCCGCCAUGUUAAGAUAAAGACACAGAUCUCUGUGUUGAACAUGCUAAAGCGAUUGGAUAAGAUAAGGUUCAGAGGACCGAAGCGAGAUGAGUUCCUGGACCUUGCCGAGUCCCCCACUGCAUCUGACAGCGAAUGUAAUGAUGACAUCCCAGUGAAACACCGGAGCUCCAUCAAAGAAACGGAAGAGCAGCAAGACCCUGCUGGUUCAGGGACUCUCACCAUGUCUGCUGCUCCCAUCCAGGACUACAAGAUGAGUGAUGCCGACCGACUCAAUGAGGUCAAAGGUCACCUGGAGAUAGCCUUACUGGAAAAGCACUUUCUUCAGGAGGAGUUGAGGAAGCUCAGAGAGGAGACAAAUGUUGAGACCCUAAAGCAGGAACUGGAGAAAGAGAAAUCAAAAAGAGGCGAUCUCGAACAGAAAAUGAAUGAAAUUCUCAGAUCCAGACUAGAAGAUUCACCACCUCCACCUCCAAAACCACAAGUCACUUCUGUCAAUGGUACAGGGGACAAACAGAAGGAGACCUUAAGCUCUCGGCUGUGGAAAUGGCUCUAUGAGCGCUUUGGUGUUUAUAUCGAAGAUUUCCGCUUUCAGCCAGAGGAAAAUACAGUCGAGACUGAGGAACCACUAAGUGCUAAAAGACUAACUGAAAAUAUGAGACGACUCAAACGGGGUGCUAAGCCUGUAACUAACUUCAUGAGGAACCUUUCUGCCUUAUCCAGCUGGCACUCUGUCUACACGUCAGCCAUCGCCUUUAUUAUCUAUAUGAAUGCUGCCUGUCAUGGCUGGGUUAUCCCCAUGUUUCUAUUUUUAGCCAUUCUACGGUUGUCCUUGAAUUACCUCAUAGCAAAAGGUUGGAGGAUACAGUGGAGCAUUGUGCCUGAGGUCUCCGAACCAGUGGAACCUCCAAAGGAAGAUCUUACGGUUUCAGAGAAGUUUCAGUUAGUGUUGGAUGUUGCACAGAAAGCACAGAAUCUAUUUGGAAAGAUGGCAGACGUAUUGGAAAAGAUUAAAAACCUGUUCAUGUGGGUGCAGCCUGAAAUCACACAGAAGCUUUAUGUUGGUUUAUGGGUGGCCUUCAUCACCUCCUGUUUGCUGCCAUAUAAACUCUUGGGCUUCAUGAUUGGUGUCUAUGCCGGCAUUAAAUUCUUCAUCAUUGACUUCCUCUUCAAAAGCUGCCCUAAAUUGAGGGACAAAUACGACACACCCUACAUUGUAUGGAAUAAUUUACCCACAGACCCACAACUCAAAGAGCGUAACAAUGCCACUUUGAACAGACGGCAGAUCCAGCCGGUGGUGGCGCGCAGUAAUCAGUCGGCCGGGAUGUCAUGUGGGAUUGGCCGUGAGGAGGAAAGCGGACGGUCCUACAGCACCAAAAGAGGUCCUUUUCAUGAAGUCUUCAACUUGUCAGAGAAUGAGCGCCCCCUGCCAGUGUGCGAGAAUGGAUGGAGAUGUUGCUUGAUCAACAGGGACAGAAAAAUGCCAACCGACUACAUCCGCAAUGGUGUCCUCUAUGCCACAGAAAAUUACCUGUGUUUCGAGAGCUCCAGCUCCCGGGCGACAUCCUCAAAGAAAAAUAAAGUCAUCAAGCUCCAAGACAUCACAGAUAUUCAGAAGUACAAAGUGUUGUCAGUAUUGCCUGGAUCUGGGAUGGGGAUCUCAAUUACAACGCCAUCCACUUUAAAGCCUCUAGUGUUUGGUGCCAUGAUUCAUCGGGACGAGGCCUUUGAUGCCAUUCACACUCAGUACAUGAAGAUCAUGAAUUCCACAGCAGCUACGACAGUCACAAACCCAGAGACAUAGUCUCACCCGGAUCAACAUAUGACAUAAGAUAGUCCAUAAGGCAGCCAUAUCCUAUACCCCUAUAUGGACAUGAUGGCUUCCAGAAGUUGUCCGCCCCAUCUCCAACCCAAAACGAUGGAGAAACUGCAAAGAAACUGUUUUUCAUGUUCUCUUUUAGAUUCUACGUGAGUAUUAGGAGGAGUAUUUUAUAUAAUGUUCUAUCAAACAGCAUACCAUAAUCUUACACAAGUGUUUGCCAGGAUGGGUCUUGUUUUAUAAGGUUAGGGGAUCAUUGUGCUUCUUACUUGUGUAUCAGAACAGGAGCUGGUACUCCUUUGUGUCUCAUGGAGGACUUUGUGUGAUCCGUGUGUAGUCAGACCAUAUAACCGUCUCUGAACUUACCACCAUUUUCACUUAAUUGCAUCACCGCUGGCCUUGCACAAAGAAACACUGCACUUAGUGUUGCUAAGAGCUUUUAGAAGUGAGUUAGGAGGGAAAGGAACAAAGUCAACAGAAAUCCAUAUGCGUAAAGCAGCUCAUAACUGCCGGCCACAUUGUUCCUUUGGGGCGCGCCAACUUUCUCUUCAGUAUUUGUGGUACUUGUUAACUUAUCACAUAGAUACAACAUCAUAUUUUAAAGGAGUAGUGCACAUAAAAAAUUUACAUUUUGUGGUUUACUCUCCCUUAUGCUGUUUUUUAAACUCAUAAAACACCAAAGGAGAUAUUUAGGCAGAAUGUGCAAGCUGCUCUUUUCCUUACAAUGAAAGUCAGUUGUUUAAAGGGAUAGUUUACCCAAAAAUGAAAAUUCUGUGAUCAUUUAUUCACACUCGUGUUGUUCCAAACCGGUGUGACUUUCUUCCUUCAGAGAGAUGCAAAAGAGAUGUUCUUGAAGAGUUUUUAACUCUUUUUGGCCAUUCAAUGAAAUUCAGUGGGGUUUAAAUCAACAGUGGACCCCCCACUGGCUUUCACUGUAUGGACUAAAAACAGUCAGACAUGCUUUUAAAAUAUUAUCUUUUGUAUUC